AUGAGUACCACAAACGUAGAUUACUGUUCCAUUGAUGGGGAAUGUAGGCGCCCGCGCGCCCCCGGGAGGACUGUGGAAGAUCGCAAGCGGAGGCUGCGCGACGCUCGGAAGGCGGCGGUGGCGGCCGGCGGCGGCAGCGGCGGCAGCAGCGGCGGUCUUGCGAGCGGCGAUGACGCCGAGGACAGCGGCGUGGCAGUGCGCGACUCGGACUCGGAGGGGAGGGCGCGCCUGAGGCGGCGGCCGCGGAGCGGAGCUCCGACGGUGGCGACGCUCACGCUGUGCCAGUGCUCGGAAGUGUGUGCGUCGGUGGAGGCCCAGGCGCUGCGCGUGUGGCGCCCGCUGGUGGUGCUCGACCCGGCGGCGGUCGACGGCGGCGGCGGUGCGGGCGGCGGAGGCGGCUGGAGCCGCCCCGCUCUCUACGAGUACUCGUACGCCUACUGCUCGUCGCCCGUGCGCACCCGCAGCGGCGGCUUCCGCGAGGUCGGAGAGGCCACCUCUGCGGCGGCGCGGAGGCGCGCCGGGCCGCGCAGGGCGUCGUCGGCGUCGGCGUCCGCCUCGGCGUCGGUGACGUCGAGCCCCGCCCUCCCCGGGCGGGCGGGCGCGCGCCGCGCGGGCGGCGGCGGCGGUAGCGCUGGCGCUGGCGCCCCGGGGACCGGCCAUGCGCCCGCCGUCACCAUGUCGGGAGAGCUGAGCGCCGAACAGCUGCAGCAGCUCUAUCUGUGUAGCUUGCUGCUAGGCCGGAAGCGGGAGCAGCCAAUAUUCUCGUGCAAAGCGCACGUGUUCCACAUCGACCCGAAAACGAAGCGCUCGUGGAUCUCCGCGUCCACAGCGGCCGUUUCGGUGUCGUUCUUCUAUGACUCGACCCGCAGCCUCUAUCGCAUCAUCAGCGUGGAGGGGACGAAGGCCGUAAUCAACAGCACCAUCACUCCCAACAUGACGUUCACGAAAACGUCACAAAAGUUCGGCCAGUGGUCGGACGUCCGCGCCAACACGGUGUACGGGCUCGGCUUUUCGUCGGAGUCGGAACUCAACAAGUUCAUCGAGAAGUUCCAGGAAGUGAAGGAGGCGACGCGACUAGCGGCGGCGAAGGCGAUCGCCAACGGCACGGGCGCGGGCGUGACGCCGGUGACGAGCGCCAACGCCAGUCCCAUCACGGCGCGGGCGAGCGCGCCGGCGGGCCGCGGCGUCACCCCGGGAGACGGCGGCGCGCCACCGCCGGGCUCGGGCGGCGACGCCGGCGUGGGCGGCGGCGGCAGCGGGUCGCAGCCACUGCUGGAGCCGCCCACGGUGGGCGGCGCCGUCACCACCCCCGCGUCGCCGGCGACCGGGGCGCCCGCGCCCAACGCUGUCACCGUGGUGACGACGGGCGGCCCCGGCGACUCCGGCACCCUCAAGGGCACGACGAGCACGGCGCACUCGCGCUCGCAGUCGCUGUCGGGCGUGCAGGCGGGCGAGAGCCCCAAGCACCAGGCCAAGGGCGGGCCCGGCGCCGGUGACAAGGUGUCGACGGGCGGCUCCCUCACCAACACCACGACCGCCUCCGCCACCUCUGCCGGCGCUGGCCUCCCGCCCGGCUCCUCGCUCGAGGCGCAGCUCAAGUACGAGAACGACCGCCUCAAGUUGGCGCUGGCGCAAAGUUCUGCGAAUGCCAAGAAAUGGGAGGUAGAGUUGCAUACGCUCAAGAAUAAUAAUGUGCGUUUAACAAGUGCACUUCAAGAGAGUACAGCCAAUGUUGAAGAGUGGAAACGCCAACUGCACUCCUACAAAGAGGAAAAUCAGCGUAUGAAAACAAAAUACCUAGAAUUAGAGGCUGCAAAGGGAAAUGCUGAUGCUGCAGCAGAGCUACGUAAAGAGCUGGCAAGUCUUCGCACGCGGGUAGAGCAGUUGGAGCUGGAACUGAAGGCCAAAAACGAUGAAAUCCAAGGUCUCAAAAAGUGUCAGCAACAGCAGAACACUCCAGAUCCUGCAGGUCGUGCCCAAGAAGAACGAAUUAAGGUGCUACAGCAAGAGAAUGCAGAGCUACAGGCAGGACUAUCACUAGCUCAGGCCCAGUUGGAGACUGCACUGGCAGCUCAAGAAUCUCAGCGGCGUGUUCUAGACACACUCAACGCUCAGUUGGCAGCUCAACUUUCUGAAAUGGCUGGUAUCCAUCGUGAGAUUGCCACGGCCUUGCAGACGUGAGGGGGUAUGGGCCCCCGGCAGCUGUACAUGGCCCGCUGGUCGGCUGUGUGAGUUACACCACCCACGUUGCAUUCCUCCCUUGUGUGUGCACAUGUGCCAGCAAGCUCUUUGAGCUGCAGCUGGAACUGUUUGAUACUAAUGGAGGUAAAAUCAGGACAUUAUUGAUGUGCGAAGAAAUGAUCCUUUCUGAAGUUUCACCAAUGAUUUGAGUGAUUUAGCAUCUCACAAAUGCUAUCAAACUGGAAUUAAAAAUAAAAUUCAGGAAAAAUUCAAAAUUACUGGUGUAGAAAGGAAUUUUGUCUUCACAAAUGUCCUAUGUUUUGAAAGUGUUCACACUGAAUGUUUCUAAGUUGGGAACAGAUGUAUCAAAUUGUAAAGCGAAUAUCUCCACUUCCACUAAUCUAUCAGUUGCUUUAUGGUAGUGUUAUGUAAAUUAAUGAAUAAAGCAAAACAAUCCACUAUCAUAGAUUGUGUAUUUGAAUGAAGGGUCAGAAAAGUUUUCUGUGCAUAACCACACAGAUUAAUUUUCUGUUUUCCAUGCAACAGAAACAUAAAUCAUUCUUUUAUUUUUAGGUAGGGAUGUUAUAGUUGAGAUGCAUGCUUAGUUAAAAAUUCUCUGCCGUCGUGCAAAGGAAACAUUUCAUCUGUUAAACACUUGUUGUUUUAACAUUAUCUGUGUAAGGAGGAAUGAAUAUGCAUAUAUGAACAUAUGUAUAUAAGUAUAUAUAGGAUUGGUAUUGAAGCUGUGUCCAAAGGGCCGUUCUUCCUACACUUUUGCCAAAAUAAACCGUAACAUCAGUGUUCAGUACUUUUAUUAAUAUAUUUCUACAUAUAAACAAGAAAUGGAAGUUGUAUAUUCCAAUCAUGGGAUGAAGUUAAACAUGUGCAUAUUCUGUUGCAAAGGAAUAUGUGAUAUAGUUUAUAAAAUACAGGCCCAUGCAAUAUAUGGAUUGUUCCUUCUGCAGAGAGAGGUGCUCUUAAUAGUGUUUGAUUGAAGGUGCUGCGAGAAGAAAAAUCAUCCUCAUUGGGUUACUUUAACUUCCAGGCACUCCAUACUAAGUUGCUUUCCAGAACGACCAGUGAUAUCACUUAGUGCAGUGAUUGGACAAUAUAUUUUUAGUGUUGACAAUUGAUAAACUGUCAUCCAGGUGAAAAGGGAGAAAAGCACAUGUGAUUUAAUUGUUUCAAAUCAUGUCUUGGUAUGCUUCCAAUUCAUGAACUAUUGACCUGUAUGAAAGUGUAUGUCAUUACUCAGGAGAGUGGAAUUUCAGUCUUGAUCGAUAGCAAUGUGUAUGUUGAUAGCGUGUGACAUUAGAACAUUGAAUGGACAGUGAGUACAAUCCCCCAAUGUAUAAGAAUAGUUAAAUUUUAAAAGCUUUGAACUAUAAUGUACAUCAAGCAAUCUGCCAAACUCAGUUGGUUGUGGCUAAAUGCAGUACUAUUUUCAAGGCCAUAUUUGUCACUAAUUUUACAUUUUAUCUUUGUACUUUGUCUUGACAUUUUAGUGAUAUUGAAGCACUCAAAUAAACUUAUAGAAAAUGAUUGCUUUGGUAAAAGUAAAACAGGAAAAGAUCAUAUAAACAAAAUAUAGUUUUAAACUGUAAUUGUAGAAAAUAUAAUUGUAGUUAGUUGAAAUUGUUUCUUUUUGACUUUAUAUCUGGGUUCUUUGGAUAGUUACCAUAAUACUGCUGUGUGUGCAUCUUAAAGAUGCUAGGACGAAAACAAUUAAGUGACAAAUAUGGUUCUAAAACUUUGCAGGUUUAUUUAAUAUUUGUAUUAUUUUAAUUUGUAGCCAGGAAAUAAAUUUGUGGAAAAAGGAGUGAAGAAUCAUUUAAAAAACAGUAUUGGUUUCCUGGUAAAAACAUUGCAAUCUUUUUAUUCUACAGAAAUCAGUCAAUGAAAACUAAAUUUCUUGAAAAAAGUAGCUACAAAGAGAAAAAAGACAUUUGUUAUUAAAAUCAUGUUUCUCUAGGAAAUCAGAGGUUUUAUACUAAGCCUAAUAAAAUUAAUUGAUUUCAUUAGAAAUAUAUACAUAUAUCUAUCAAAUAAUAUUGAGCUUCCUAUAUUACAGACUUUAUGUACAUUGCUACUGAACCUCCUUGAUCAUAGCUGAAAGUAGAGUAUAGCUACAUUCCGUUCAAAAAUGUGUGUUCUGCCAUUCAUAGAUGCACAUGCCUCAUGCCAACCACAGGAUAAAAUGCAACUAACUUGGCUUUAUAUUGUUGUGUGUAAAAACUAUUGCUUUGAUACUGCUGCAUGAACAUAUUGGUGCAUAUGUACAAGACCUGUGUCUGAAACUUUUUUCUUUCUGAAUGUUAAUUCUUUCUUAUUUUCCUAAAUCAACAAGUCUUAAUGAUUAUUCCAUUUUAAUUUAGGAGCAGACAGUCAAAUGAAAAUCUCCCUAAAUUUGGUAGCAACAUUGCCUCUAGAUAUUGCAUGAUGAAAUUUUUGCACAGGUCCUUUAAUGAACAAUGAUAUUGAAAAAUAUGACAAAUCAGAAAUAAUUUUCAAAUGAAUUGCUGUGGUAACUGGUUUUAUAAAAUCAUAGAUUUCUAUACCGCUUAAUGCAGCUUUUUUAAUUUUGUUUGAAGUGUACUAUAAUGGUGAGUAAAAGAGGUAACUAAGUUUUCAGUCCUUUUAUUUAUCGAUUAAAACAUCCUUUUAUUUGUUUAUUUAUUCCCGUCAUUUUAUUGACUUUCUUUAAAAGAGAGAUGAUCUGUUGAAAAAAAAGCUUAUGUUUAAAUUAAUUUUCACACAUUAAAUGUAUGCAUGUCUCGCAUAUUGUUGUUAAACACUAUCAGUCGUAUAGUGCUGCUGCUGCUCCAACAAAUCAAGUCAUAGAUUUUUGCUGUUCUAUUUCAAGAUGGAGUUCAUGAUUUUUGUAUGUUCUUUCCUGCCAAAUUUUUAUUUUUAUUUUUUUAGAACUUUUACUUUAUUUUGUAUGUAAUGUCAAGUAACAUAUUUCACUUCUUUAUUAAUAGUUUGUUAAAAAUUACCACAUUGAUGUGCAGCAUUUUAUUACAACAAUAAAUCUCAUUGUGUAAUUGCUAUAUGUGAAUGAAUGUGAUACAGUGAAUCCCAGGAUAUCAGCUAAAACUUAUUUCAGUGAUCACGUCCCUCUAACAUUGUUUUAGAAACAAUUAGGUGAAUUAGAAAAAAAGUACCAACUCCCAGUAGCGAGUUAAUGUUCGUUUCCAUGAAUAAUUGUGGAGCGGCAAUAAGGGUAUUUAAAAUACAAUACUGUAUUUACAGCAUACUAAUUAAUACUCGUCUUUGUAGGUUGUUGAUGUGGUUGUAGGAAAGUGCCAGCAUGGUACUACGAAUAUCAACACUCAUAUUUUAUUAUCCAUGACCAGAGUGAAAUCAUUCAUUGUACAGAACAAUAUAUUUAUUGUUAAUCUUGUUUUAGAUCAUACAAAUACUUUUCAGAAACUGUAAAAGGAUUUAUGAAAGAAUUUUAUGAUGAAACUGCUGUCCUUGUUGAGGAACAAAAAAGAUAGAGUAGUGGACAUCGAUAUUAUCAUCAUCAUCUUCAUCAAUAUCAUCUUAUCACCACCACCAACUUCUUAAUUUUCAUCUGGUUUUUGUUAUCUUGUAAAAUUCUCUCUUUCCAGCUAUUAUAGCUUAACAUCAUAUUUUGAAAUAUUCUCUUUAUUCAGGGAUCAAGGUUAGGUUACAAUGAACCCAUGUUCUGUUCAUUAUUUUUUCCCUCGAACAGGCGUGAUCAGCUUCAAGUUUAAUGUGAUAUUGCUCCUGUUUGUUGAGAAUAAAUGUCAGUAACCAUGCCAAAGAGCUUGAGAAAGGAGCAAUAAUCUGCUUGAAAAGUAUUGUGAUGGAAUUGUUGUAGAUUUCAAUAUAAUUGAUUACUUACUGUCCAAAUUUUGUUUCUGCUUACAGUGGAUACAUAUGAUAGCAGUUAUUCACUUAGUUUAUCUAGGUUUCUGGUAGAAACUUAAAGUAGAGAUUAACUAUUGGUCUAAAUUAACAAAGCCAUUUUUAUGAUGUAUCUUUUAUGUACAACAAUUUCAUUAUAUUAAUUUUGUGUGUGUGAUCUUAAAAAUCACAUGGAAGUCCUUCAUCAAGUUAAUUGUAGUUCUUUUCAUUAAAAAAAAUGCCGAAACUGAUCAAGUCUGAUCUGGAACAGGGAGUUAGGUUUAGAAUGAAUAUCUACCAUAUAAAAACACUUGUCAUUUUUGGAGAAGACUGAAUGAUUGUGUCAAAACUUCAAAUUUAUGCUCAAUGCAUGUGAUGUGCUGUUUAAGGAGUUGUAGCUAUGGCAUGUUGCUAAUGAGUCAUUAAAUCUUGAGAGUUUAGUUUAGAUGAUAUUGUAAUUUAUUUUAAGUGACAUAUGCUUUGUUAUGAACAUGCUUGUCAUUUAGAUAUAUACUUUUGACUGUCUGUCUGCUUUUAUUUGUGGAACCAAAGUUAUGCUGUGUCAUUCUUUUUGUUUGAGUUUUAAUUGAGUACUUGCAAUAUUGCAUGUGUGCUUGAAAAAUUGCUGCUAAUAUAAUCAAACUCUUGCCUUAUUUCAAGAUCACUUUCAUGCAGUAUAGUUUUCAAACAUACUGCUUUGAAAACUCUUAGCAUUGAAGUUUUUUGGUAAUUAAAAACCAAUUUGACUUGAAUGUUACUUUUAAGUUUGAUAUGAAAAAUUUCAGAAUUUUCAGUUUUGUUUUGUAAACUAUAUAUUUUCAACAUACACAUGUAUUUCAAAAUGUUGUAGACUUAACUGUCCUUAAAACUAAACAGGCACAUAUUAAGAAGCUCAAUUUGUGUAUAAAUAUGUUGAUUACUAAACCAUAUAUUGUAUGUUAUUUUUAAUUAUGUACUAAAAAUGUCCAUAUGCAUUUUCUUGUAGCAUCACAUUUUCUUUUAAUUCAAUUUAAUGCAUUUAUUUUACACAUUGUUUUCCAUAUUUUACACUGGUAAAACAAGUUUCUCUUGUGAUCGUUGAGAAUUCAUAUUUUUUUACUCUUGAUUGCGAUUUGUGAAAGUACUUGAUCUGUAUUCAGUAUUUGUAAAUCAUUCCAUUAGAAACAAAAACAUUAUAAUUUAUUUUAAAUGUUCAUUUUCAAAAGGAAUAUAUAUAAAUAACAGUGAAACAAUCAGCCUAAUCUAAGAGUGUAUGUCAUUCAUUUAAUGGUAAAAGGCUGUGUAGGUAUUUAUGCCUUUGCUUAUUUUAUUGUACCAUGCCACACAUUUGAAGUGCUAUUUUUAUUUAGGAAUUGAAUCUCUUUUCUUAGAAGACGCACUAGAAAUAGUACUAUCCAUAUACUUUUAACAUGUGGAAAUCUCAACAUUCUUCAUUAAUUUUGUAAUGUUUAUCUGUGAAAGAUUCUUGUAUUUUGUUGAAAUUAUUGUUCUUUUUUACAUGUACAUAUAAUUUUGGAAAGAGAGAAAUGUAUUAAAUCAACAUUUCUAAGUUUAAUUAAAAGUGCAAUUUGCCUCUUCUCUUGUAAUCCAUGUCCUUAUUCUGAAAAGAGGGAGUUUUUGCACAGCACAGUGUAUAUCAAUUGACUUCAAUCUGAAGUUUUGCAUGCACAGAUGCACAAAAGUGACCCAUAACUCGAAUUAGCACAUGCAGAUGAUCUGUCGAUUCUUGUAAAGCUUUGCUGUGCAAAAACUCUAAUACUGAUGUUGUAAAAAACGCAGGUACAAACUCAUAAAUUUCUUCUUCGGUAUAUUGAUGAGUGGAAUGGGAACAUAUUCUUCAGAAAAUAAAUUCUUCAGAGAAUUUCAGUGCUAUCAUUCGUUCAAGAAAUUCUCGCAGUUAAAAUAUACUCGUGAUUUUGUUAAUUGUUAUCUAUGCUUACACUAGCCUUAUAAAGUAGAACCCCUAUUUAACAUCACCUCUGGGGCCUAAAAUUCUUACAUUAAAUGGGGGUUUGGGGUAUUCUUUGAAGAAACAAGUUAAAAUUAACCAGGAAUAAUCGAUUUUAUGUUAAGAAAUGCUUGAAAUUGA